UUGCAAAUCAAUUGAUUUAAUUUACUGUUAAACAAGUAAACCUGAUAACCACGAGUACUUGUCAUUUCUUGCUAAGUUAAUGGAACAAAUGAGUAGAAGUUGUAUUAUCGGAUAGGAACUGAAAUCCGGAUAAAAGAUAAUAUCUUAGAUUUUGAUUUUACAUAUUUCAUCAAAAUGACAUCAGAGAAGUCCUCAGUUAAUCCUUUAGAGCAGUUUGUAUUGCUGGCUAAAUCAGCAAAAGGUGCAGCAGCUGCAAGUCUUGUUACACAAGCUCUUGAGGCAUCAGGUGUUUAUGUGUUUGGAGAACUUCUAGAAAUGCCAAAUAUACAAGAGCUCUCAAGUGGAGAUCAUGUAAAGUUUUUUAACUUGCUGAAUCUGUUUGCCUAUGGAACAUACAAAGAUUAUAAAGAGAAGAAAUCAGAGUUACCUGAACUGAGUGCAGCCAUGUUGAAUAAAUUAAGACAUCUGACAAUGGUAUCUCUGGCUACAAAGACAAAGUGCAUUCCAUAUAGUGUUUUAUUGGAGGAGUUGGAUAUUCCUAACAUGAGGUCCCUUGAAGAUUUGAUAAUUGAGGUGAUAUAUGCAGAUAUUAUACAUGGAAAGUUGGAUCAGAAAAACCAACAGUUAGAAGUUGAUUAUGCCAUUGGAAGAGACAUUAGGCAAGAGGCUGUACCAGAAAUUAUCUCUGUUUUACAAGAUUGGUGUUCUGGCUGUGAAGCAGUUUUACAAGGAAUUAGAAACACAAAUAACAAAGGCAAAUCAGAACAAAGAAAACAACAUGAGGCAGAAGCAGAAAAUGGAACAAGAGGUGACAAAUAUAAAGAAA